CAGUAGCUGCUGCUAGAAUCCAAGGGGGAGGGAGAAACUAGUGUUGUGCUUGUUACCUGUGUGAUACAGGAAGAAGAGAUCAGCCUCACCUUGUACAUCUUAGAUUUGCUUUUAUUUGUUACCAGUGAAUGUUCAUGUAAUGCACUCCCUUAACCAGGAAAUUAGAGCAUUCUCCCGGACUAAUCUCAGGAAGCAAUGCACCAGGGUGACAACAUUAACUGGGAAAAAAAUUAUAGAAACGUGGAAAGACGCCAGAAUUCACGUUGUGGAAGAAGUUGAGCCUGGCAGUGGGGGUGGCUGUGGUUAUGUGCAGGACCUAAGCCUGGACCUGCAGGUUGGUGUAAUUAAGCCAUGGUUGCUGCUUGGAUCACAAGAUGCUGCUCAUGAUUUAGACACAUUGAAAAAACACAAGGUUACUCAUAUUCUCAAUGUUGCCUGUGGAGUUGAAAAUGCUUUCCUCAAUGACUUUACAUAUAAGAACAUUUCUAUCUUGGAUCUACCUGAAACCAAUAUCGUAUCUUAUUUUCCAGAAUGCUUUGAAUUCAUUGAAGAAGCCAAAUUGAAGGAUGGAGUGGUUCUUGUUCAUUGUAAUGCAGGCGUCUCCAGGGCCGCAGCAAUUAUAAUUGGCUUCCUGAUGAGUACUGAAGAAAUCACAUUUACCAGUGCCUUUUCUUUGGUGAAAAAUGCAAGACCUGCUAUAUGCCCAAAUUCUGGCUUCAUGGAACAACUUCAAGCAUAUCAACAAUGAAAAAAAUAUGGGAAUAAGUAAUUGGGCAUAAUAAAAUUCGGGAAAUAGAUGAAGCCAACAGUUUGUGAGAUGGCAUUUUAACAGAUGAUGUGAAACUAUAACUUCUCAAUUGGCCUUUUAAAACCAAGUUUUUAGGAUAGAGUGGCAGAAGCCAAAUACUUUCCUUUUGCUACCCUCAAAGUGGAAACUGAGGUGACCUAAUUAUCUUGAGCUUCAACCUAAAUGAAUUUUUUAAAAUAAUAUUGCUUAUUCUUCAGCAUUUAAAAUGUGUGAUGGAAUGCUUCUUUUUGAAUUGCAUAGACCAGAUAACAUUGGUAUUACUGAUUAUGUUAACUUCUUUGGGGGGAAAUGGUAAAAGUGGCCUUGAAGUCUGUUUUUGAACAUUGAAAAAAGGAUGAAUCAAUUGUUGAAUGCUUUUGGUGUUUUUUCUAUUCCAGUAACUGUUCUGAUGAAGAAAGAUGCUGAAACACUGCUUGAUUUGUACAUGUAUUAGAAAAAUAGUUAUUACUUUAGAAAGAUUUCUUUGUCUGCAUUUCUUUUCCAGUAAAAUUAAAUAGCUCUGUUCAGAAGGUAUACAAUUGUAACAUACAGAGCACUCGAAUAUCCUUUUAUCAGAAUUCAUUGUCUUUUAAUUGCUUAGGGUUUUUGUUGUUGUUGUUGUUGUUGUUGUUGUUUUGUCCUUUACCCAUUUGGUAGCUUUUGCCCCCAACUCCAUUUGCUCCUCAUCCCUACCCUUUACACACAGUAAUAUGUUACAAUAUAUUCUGAUUUAUAUAUUUUACUGUCAGGCAUCUCUUCUCUUUCUGGGUUCCUUUUAUACUUUUAUUGGGUCCUGUUUUAUGAAGUUUUUGGAAGUCUUAGAUUUCUGAAAAAUAUUCUUUAUACUGAAAAGCCUAUUUGUCAUGAGUAAACUUAAAGCUCACAUAGACAAUAAAACAAAAAUGGCUAUAAUCAAUUUCACUUGAUGUUCACUUCUGUUGCAUACAAUUCUUUAAGAAAAGAAAAAAAAUUAAAAUUAAUAAAUAAUUUGGACCUGGUUCUCAUGGAGCCUGGACACAUUUUCAACCUCACCUCUGACUAUAGGCCUUGAAUAAAUUAUUUCAUUGCCUUUGCUUUUGUUUCUCUAUUUGGGAAAGAAUGACUUCUCAAUAUUACAAAACCAUCUGGAGAUUUUCUUUUCUACCUCUUUGAAACUUUUUUUUUAAAACAAAAGCAUUAUUUCUAUUAAUAUAUUAUUGCUAAUGACAUAAAAUAUACAUCCCUAAUCCUGUUUGUGAAAUUUAUAUUAAAAGUUUUUCGUUAGUAUUUAAUAAUUGAGGAAAUUAAUAUAAGCUACAGGGGAAUUUUUUUUGAUUCUCUUAUAAACGUAACAUUUGAACAAGAGUAUUUCAUGCAAAUAAGUUGGAAAGUAUAUAUUGAACACAUCUGUGCAGUUGAGAAGGUAUAUCUUCUAUGCUGCUUUCAUGGGCAAAGGGUUGAAAAAUGAUAAAUAACAGGUUAUGUGCUUUGAGAGAAAUAAUUGCUGGAAAACUCUCCAGAGCUAAACCCUCUCACCGCAUACCAAUCCUGAGAAGCAGUAUAAAACUAACCGAGCAAAGUGAACAAUUUGAAAAUGACCAAUGCAAAUGUCCUGUUGAAUGUCAGGAAGUCUCUCUAUGGUAUUCUUUUUAGUCUUUUUUUGCCAAGAAUUUGCAGAUUUUCUAGAUGACCCUUCUUUCUGCUAAUGACUGCAUUGAUGUGAAUGUAUUUUCUUUUUUUCACGGUGCUAUUAAGUUUUAGUUUAUUAAGAAUUGGGACAUAAUGUACAUUAUAUAUCACAGAACAUAUAAUUUGGCAUGGCAUUUAUAUCUGGAGUUCUGGUCUGUGUCACUCUGGUUUUGUGACACGUAACAUGAACUUACCACACCUUCUUUCUAGUAAAGAUCUUGCUUUGACCUCUAGCCUUAUUUUACUUACAAACUGUGGUUUGAUGCCUCUAAGAAUGGAACCUAAGAGAUUAAAUCUUUUAAAAAACUAUUUGUUGGUGAGACAGUGAUAGGUCAGAUGUAUGUUUGUGGAUGAUUUCAUGCAGAGAAAUUAAUCUGUAUGCCUUAUCUUGGUGGCAUAAAGCUAUUUUGAGAAGAAACUUUAUUAUGAUCCCACUAUCUAACAUUAUGAAUCAAAAAUAUAUGUAGAUACCAGUCACUGUUUUGGUAGAGAAAAAAAGUCUCAUAUAUAGGCCCAUCUGUGCAGUUGUGAUUUUGGCUGAGUCCCUGAAAAUACAACUUCAAAAUUUUUUUUUCCUGUCACGCUUAAUUAUUUAUAUCUAAAUUAAGAGAAAAAAUGAAAUUUAUAUUUGCUCAAAAUUAUAAGUAGAAAAGAAAUAAAAUAUGGGGUUCUUCACUUAUUGGAAGAGGCAGGCUAUAUAUUGGUUUGGAUAAUAAAAUUCCCCUUUUUAAUUUUCAAGUUACUUUUUGUUUUACUUAGGUAACUAUUUUAUUUACAUAAUACUUAAAAUUUAUCCAAUGAUAUGAAUAAUUUCUGGAGUUUAUAUGAACUUGAAAAUCUCAUUCCCUUUCCCCAUAUAUCACUAGAUUUGAGGCAAAAUGUUGACCAUGAUGAUGAGAACACUAUGACAACAACACUGAGAGGAAGAAAAAUAUAAUGGUUUAAAUCUUUAUUGACAUAUUCUUUUUUUCUUUCUUUUCCCAUUAAGAUGCAUAAGUAUAGCAUUUGGAAAGUAUUCUUCAGGAACUGGGCAACCUACUUUCUUUUUGACUGAAUCAUUUCAAUGGAAAAAAAAAUCUAAAACUUGGCAAGACAAAUAUCAGUGAGUCAGGCAUUUCAAAUGUGUGAGGAACUCAAAAUGUUCCUAAUAUUGAAAGGAAGAUUUUUGAGUGUGACACAAUGAAUUUCUCAACGAUGUACCAUCCAGAAGAUAUACUUAGAACAAGUUACCAAGACUAAUGUGUUAUAAAUAGACAUACAGGUACAUGACUGAACAUAAAUGUAUAAUGUUAGUCAUUACUGGCAGGAAAAUAAAACAAAGCAAAACAAAAAACAAACUUUUGGAAGGGUUUAACAGCUAUUUUAGCUACAAUUUAGCCAUUCUUUGUAGUCUUAAAUCAGUUUAGAUGGAAGGUUUUAGAAUUCUUGUUUAUAAAUGUAACUGUUUCUAAGGUUUUUAUUGUACUCUUAUGUUACCAUUCAUGUAGGUGCAGUUACAGUAAGAAACCUCACUUAAAGUGUUUGCUUUGUUUUUUUUGAAUGGUUAAAGUUUGCCUCGUGUGAUUUAAAAAGUCAAAGUCAUUUAUUUUGUAUGCAUAUUUGUAAUUUAUCCUGUACCAAAGUACUUUAAGUGCGAAA